AUGGCUCGUAUUCUGCAAUUACCAAUUAAAAGUGUAGAAAUCCCAGUAAAAGGAUUAGGUUCAAUGUCCACUGGCACAACAGGCUCCGCAAUUGCCUGUAUAAAAUCGCGAUUCAAUCGAUUCCAGAAAGAGUUAGAUGUUCUACUCGUGCCUGAGAUACCAAGUAAAUUACCCUCAAUUCAUAUUGAUCGAACAUCAAUCAACAUCCCAUCUAAUUUAAAACUCGCUGACCCUGAAUUUUAUAUACCAUCAGAAGUUGAUGCGUUACUAGGCGUAAAGCUCUAUUAUCAACUUCUGUGUGUCGGACAAAGAAAGAUAAAGGGUCACUCCGCCGUGUUGCAAAAAACUCACCUAGGGUGGAUAGUUGCAGGUGAAAUAAAUUCAAAUACGAGAUCAAGGGAAAUAAAAUGUAACUUUUUACAAACUGCAAAUAGACUAGAUCAGGAAGAACAGGCCUGCGAGAAACACUUCAUUGAAAACGUGAAAAGAGAGCACAAUGGUCGCUACAUUGUAAAAUUGCCGUUCCGAGAAAAUAAAUCUAUGUUAGGAAAUUCCCAUAAAACCGUAUUACGGAGAUUCCACGCGUUAGAAGAUAGGCUCGCUAAAUACUCCACAACAAAGGCGAAUUAUACCGAAUUCAUGAACGAGUACAUUGAGCUUGAUCACAUGUCCGAAGUUCAAGAGCAUACUCGACCGCAAGAAGGCGUGUUUUUACCGAACCAUGCUGUCAUUAAAGGGGACAGCUUGACCACCAAAACUCGGGUAGUCUUUGACGGGUCGGCCAAAACUUCGAGCAGUGUCUCACUGAACGACACCCUAAUGGUUGCACCAACGAUUCAGGACAACCUAUUCUCAAUUUACACGCGUUUUCGAUCCCUUCCGUACGCCUUCACCGCGGACCUUGUAAAAAUGUAUCGACAGAUUAGAAUAGAUCCAGAGGAUUCGAUGUAUCAGAAGAUACUCUGGCAAGACAGCCCAAGCAAGCCGUUAAAAAUUUACAAUUUAAAAACGGUUACAUAUGGGACAGCUUCCGCGCCCUUUCUCGUCACAAGGGUGCUUGCACAACUUGCCCACGAUGAGUGUCACACAUUUCCACGCGCAGCUCAAAUUCCAGCUCGCGAUUUUUACGUUGACGACUUUGCCUCAGGUGCAGCCACCUUCGUGGAAGCGUCCACCUUGCGUGAUGAACUCGUUCAGUUAGUUCAGAAGGGCGGUUUCACCCUGCGUAAGUGGGCGUCCAAUGACCCGAGAUUAACCCCAGAUCUGUCAGAAAGAUCCGAGACUGAAUAA